AUGCGAGCAAGAUUAGAUCCAAUGUUUUCAAAUUAUGUGUUAGCAGUAGGUAAUGGAUUGCCACCCACCACAAAAGAUGAAAUCAUAAAAAUACCAAAUGGGAUGCUUGUUCCCUAUGAUGAUGACAAGACUUCAUUAGAUCACUUAAUACAAGACGUUUUCCACAACAUUCAAGAUUAUUUAGGAAAUAUGUCGACUAUGAUGAACCGGGCCAUACUAACACCAAAUAAUAGUUUUGUCGAUGAAAUAAAUGCAUUUUUAAUACAAAGAUUUACAGGUGAAGCUCAGCGAUAUUAUAGUGUAGAUGAGCCAAUAGAUAAAAUUGAGCAAUCAGUUGUGGAAGAUUUCUUAAACACAUUAACGCCUAAUGGACUUUUGCCUCAUGAAUUAUUACUAAAGAAAAAUUGUCCCAUCAUGCUCCUAAGAAACAUUAAUCCUUCAGAGGGACUAUGCAAUGGAACCCGUUUGAUUUGUCGGACUUUCGAUCAAAAUAUCAUAGAUGCUGAAAUUGCCGUUAAACAUCAUAUGGGAAAAAGAAUCUUCAUUCCAAGAAUAUUGUUCUUACCAAAUGUGGAUGAUAAUAGUGGUUUUCCGUUUAAGCGAACUCAAUUUCCUAUAAGAUUAAGUUUUGCAAUGACCAUAAAUAAGUCACAAGGCCAAACAUUGGAUUAUGUUGGGAUUUAUUUACCACAACCAGUAUUUUCUCAUGGGAAAUUAUACGUGGCUUUAUCAAGGGCAAAGACAGCGUCUACAGGGAAUCGAGUCCAAUCAGUAAUUUAUGGAACAGAUAUUGACUCUAGGGAGGACACUUUAAAAUUGUUUCUUAUUAUAUCAGUGACUCCCUUGUCAAAAAUGCCAACCCAAGAUUUCUUAGCUGUUGCAAUCCAGAUUGAAUCAACAAAAGAGAUAACCACAAAAUUUUAA